UUAUGAUGUUAGGUGCUUCCUCGACAACUUCAUCGAAAGGGUAGUUACGACUUUAAUACCUAAAAUCUACUUCACAAGUGAAUUUAUCCGGAAGUUGCAUUGGAUUGGACUCGGUCAAAAUGUUUUACCUGCCGAAUCGAUUAGCCGCAGCGUCGUUCGUACUCUUUUCUUCAUCCCAUAUAAUACUUUAUGUUAUGGCAUCGCAUGUUUCUCCGAGACAUAGGCAACAAGCUCCAAUGGUUACGGGCCAUUCGUAUGCUAUACUCCCUCGAGCGACUGAGACUUUCACCGCCGUGUCCGACUGCCAUCAACAUGAAGCUUCAGUCUUCUGUCUCCAUGGCACAACGGAGCUUCAGGUAGUGGUACCCACAACGACAACAGCCGAAAUUCCACCCAGUUAUACUGGCUGUCAUGGACAUGAUGAUGAGUACUUUUGUGUUGCGCCAGACGGCUCUGAUGUCCAAGUCAUCGGGUUUAACAGUGGAAGUUCGACUGGGGUUGAUUCAGAGGAAGGAAGUACCAAUAAUGGAAGCGGAGGCCAAAAUUGUCACUUUCAUGCCGGCGUCGAACAUUGUACCGAUACUGAAAACGAACAGAGCCAAAGUAUUGAGGAAAAGUGCUCGCGACGUGAUCGCGAAUACAAUGUGCCCCUCAGAAUUGGCCUUCUUUUCGUUAUUCUCGUAACAAGUUUCAUCGGGGUUGCCGGGCCAAUCUUUCUGAAGCCCGUUUUACCACGGAAGUUCCAAACAGUCUUUAUAGUUCUAAAGCAAUUCGGCACUGGAGUCGUCAUAGCAACAGCAUUUGUUCACCUCCUUACCCACGCACAAUUGAUGUUCAGCAAUGAAUGUAUUGGCGAACUUCAGUAUGAAGGAACGACGGCCGCAAUUGUUAUGGCAGGUUUGUUCCUUGCAUUCACGGUAGAGACUAUCAGUCAUCGUCUAGCCCGAAAAUUCUGGACAAGAAGUCGGUAUAACGAUGAAGUAGUCGGUGUUGCGGUACUAGAGGCUGGUAUCAUAUUCCAUUCUCUCCUAAUCGGUGUGACUCUAGUGGUUUCAGGGGAUAGCUUCUUCAUUACGCUCUUUGUGGUCAUCCUCUUCCACCAGAUGUUCGAAGGUAUUGCUCUUGGAACUCGUAUCGCCUCUGUUGGCCACCACAUUAGAGACGAAACGCGAAACGCCGACCACACUCCACCAGUUAUAACCGAAUUCCUAUCUGAUCGAGGGCCGAAACCCACGAGCACUCCGGACUCAGUAGAAGAGAACAAGAACUGGAAAUCGCUUUCUAUGCCUAAGAAACUGCUCAUGGCAGUUCCUUUUGCUUUGAUUACCCCGAUUGGUAUGGCAAUCGGUAUCGGCGUGCUGAGGCAAUUCAAUGGAAACGACCCUAGCACGUUGAUCGCUCUUGGCACGCUCGACGCGUUGUCUGCAGGCAUACUCAUCUGGGUUGGCGUGGUAGAGAUGUGGGCGGGGGAUUGGAUGUUUGGCGAGUUAGCAAAUGCAAGCUUUGCAGAGACCAGUCUCGCGGGCUUCGGGCUGAUAGGAGGCCUGGUACUCAUGUGCUUAUUGGGAAAAUGGGCGUGAAUGGGCCGUCGCCAUGCCGUAUGCCUCUAGUAGUAGAGGCGUAUUGGCCUUUACGUCUAGUGGAUAGUAUAACGCCUCAUUAUGAUUAGAGACAUUAAUUAUCAUGAAUUAUA